CAAAUAAUGUUCUAGUACCGACUUGUCUAAACUUGUCUUAGUACUAUUUUUAGUGCAAAUUAAGAAUCGGACAGGUUUGUCCCUUACUACCUAAUAAGAUGUCAAAGCCUAGAUUUUGUUCUAUAAAUACAACAAUGGGUUUUCUUGAUUUUCAACACAACAGCAAUUAGCCCUUUUUCUUUUUUUUGUGGUAAAUGGCAACAUUCUUGAAAACCCAUGGCAAUAGUAAAGUUGAGAAAAACCCUUCUAAAACCCAUUACCAAAAUGGGAAAUCAUUUCCCUUUUGGUACAAUGUUGAAACAGGUAUAUAUAGCAGUAAAUACCCUUCUAUAAAAUUGCCUGAAAACCCUUUUGUUGAUGUUGUUUCCUUUAUUUUUUCUCACAAACAUGGUGGGGUUAAAGCUCUUGUUGAUUCCAUUUCUGGCAUAUCAAUUUCCUAUUCAGAGAUUUAUCCUAUGGUUAAGUCUAUGGCUAAUGGUCUUCAUCAAAAGGGUGUUAAACAAGGUGAUGUUGUGUUAAUUCUCUUACCAAAUUCCAUUUAUUUCCCUGUUAUUUUGUUGAGUGUUUUGAGUCUUGGUGCAAUUGUAACUACUAUGAAUCCUUUUAGUAGUUUGUUUGAGAUCAAGAAACAAGCUCUUGAUUGUGGUGUAACGCUAGCAUUUACUAUUAAUGAUAAAGUUGAUAAAUUGUCUACAUUAGGUGUUCCUGUUAUAGGGGUGCCAGAAAUUUUGGUUUUUAGUUCACAUUAUAGUGAAAGUUCUGAUUUUUAUGAGCUGAUUUCGCGUAAUCCCAAAUGGGAUUUUAAGCCUAAAAUAAGUCAGCAAGAUACAGCAGCAAUUUUGUAUUCAUCGGGUACUACUGGUGCGGGAAAAGGUGUUAUCUUGACUCAUGGGAACUUCAUAGCCAUGAUGGAACUUUUUGUGAGGUUUGAAGCUUCACAAUACGAAUAUUUGAGUAUUGAGAAUGUGUAUUUGGCUGUUGUACCGAUGUUUCAUGUGUACGGGCUUUCUCUCUUUGUGAUGGGAUUGUUAUCGUUGGGAACUACAGUUGUUGUAAUGAGAAAAUUUAAUGCUGAUGAAAUGGUGAAAGCUAUUGAAAAAUAUGGCGUCACUCACUUCCCCAUUGUCCCACCAUUAUUAAUGGCGUUGACUAGAAGAGCAAAGGAUGGUGCUUGGAGCAGUAUGAAGAGCUUGAAACAGGUUUCAUGUGGGGCAGCUCCAGUAAGCACGAAAUCCAUUGAAGACUUUGUACGCUCUCUCCCCAAUGUUGAUUUCAUUCAGGGAUAUGGCAUGACUGAGUCAACUGGUAUUGCAACACGUGGUUACAAUACUGAAAAGCUCCAUAAUUAUUCUUCGGUAGGGCUUCUAGCUCCAAACAUGCAAGCUAAAGUAGUGGAUUGGAUCACCAGUUCACCCUUACCUCCUAACUGCAUGGGCGAGCUCUGGCUUUGUGGACCUGGUGUAAUGAAAGGUUACUUGAAUAACGUAGAGGCUACCAAGUCUACGAUUGAUGGCAAUGGUUGGCUCCAUACUGGUGAUAUUGCGUAUUUUGAUGAAGAAGGAUAUCUAUAUGUCAUUGACCGUUUGAAAGAGAUUAUCAAAUAUAAGGGUUUUCAGAUAGCUCCUGCUGAUUUAGAAGCUGUAUUAGUCUCACAUCCAGACAUCAUUGAUGCUGCAGUAACAGGAGCCAGAGAUGAGGAAGCUGGAGAAAUUCCAGUUGCAUUUGUCGCCAAGAGAGAUGGGCGUGAACUUUCCCAAGCAGAUGUGAUAGACUUUGUUUCUAAGCAGGUUGCCCCAUACAAGAAGAUUAGAAGGGUUUACUUUAGAGCUUCAAUACCCAGGUCUGCAGCCGGAAAGAUUCUUAGAAAAGAGUUAAGGAACUUAUUAACGUCCAAAUUGUAGGGGCGUUUCAUCAACUGUUCAGCUCUAGAGUCACCUAACAAAGUUCGCGCACUGGUGAAAUACAGAAGAAACCAAUAAAACAUGAAUAUAUCUUUUUUGUGUUUUCUUUUAGAUGCAAGUAUAUAUUGGGGAAACAACAGUUUCCCUUGGCAUUACAUACAAAUAUUUGUUCAAUUGUUUGAUUUCAGCAGCUCUAGUUGUCAUUUAUAGAUGUCAAAAUGUAUCAAAUAAUCCCUUCUUCCCGUAUAUUCAUCUCCUGAUUUUUGCCUGAAAUUGAGAGCAAAUUUUAUCUU